AUGCAGGGACCGAUCACAAACGAGCAAUUCUCUUUACUGCGGCGGCAGUUGCAUUGGCACCAGGCCUGUCAAUGCUGGUACCCACCAGUUCUCCGGUUUCUGAGGUGCCUCUGCCCGACCAGAUUUGUGAAGGGUCUAUGUAGAGUGCAAGGCUCGGCUGUCUGGUUUCUUGGAUUGGUAGUGAACCUGCAUUCUGACCACAUACUCAGAAACCUACGAAAACCGGGUGAAACUGGAUACAAAAUCCCACGAGGAGGACUGUUUGAAUACGUGACUGCUGCCAACUUCUUUGGAGAGACAGUCGAAUGGAUUGGGUUUGCUAUAGCCUGCUGGUCGCUGCCAAGUGCAGCAUUUGCUUUGUUUACCUUUUUCAUACUUCUUGCUCGGGGUAAACAUCAUCAUCGAUGGUAUCUGGAAAAGUUUGAAGAUUAUCCAAAGACAAGAAAGAUUUUGAUACCUUUCAUAUAUUGAAAUAGUCAAUGUAUCCAAUAGAUUAAAAAGUCAGAAAGAGAAUAAUUCAAACCUUGAAGGUCACCUGCCCCCAACACUCAAUAUGAUGAUUGCUGAUUUCAACUCCUCUUCCAUGUCACUUCCACCUAGCCUUCAAUUCCCUGAUUCUUUUAUGGUCAGUCAUUUUGAUUCCACUUCCCAUUCCCAUUCCGAUGUGUCAAUCCAUGGCCUCCUCUACUCUUGAAUAAGGCCACUCUCAGAUUGAAGGAACAACACCAUUUAUUCUGUCUGGAUAGCCUCCAACCUGAUAGUAUGAACAUUGAUUUCUUGAACUUUUGGUAAUGGGCUCCCCUUCCGUCACCAUUUCCCUCUCUCACCUUAUCUCCUUACCUGCCCAUCACUUCCCUCUGGUGUUCCUCCCCUCCUUUCUUUCUUCCAUGGCUGUCCUGUUAGAUUCCCCCUUCUUCAGCCCUGUAUUUCCUUCACCAAUCAACUUCCCAGCUCUUUACUUUAUUCCUCCCCCUCCCAGGUUCACCUAUCACCUUGUGAUUCCCCCUCCUCUCCCCCACCUUUUAACUCUACUCUUCAUCUUUUUUCUCUCCAGUUGGCCCGAGAUGUUGAAUGCACUCUUUUCUAUAAAUGUUGCCUGGCAUGCUGAGUUCCUCCAGCAUUCUGUGUGUAUUGCUUACAUUUCCAGCACCUGCACAUUUUCCCUUGUUCUUAACUUUGUGCCCUUAUUUGAGUCUCUCCCAUUUAGGAAAUGUCUCAACAUCUACUUUGCAAUGCCCUGUUAGGGUGGAGCACAACAUCAUGAACCAAAAGGGCUGUACUGUUCAAAGUUCUAUCUUCUUAUGAUCCUUUAUGUUUCAAUAUGACCAUUCUUCAUUUCUUCUAAAUUCCUAGAGGUUACUGAUCUAAAUUUAUUUGCUGAAAGGAAAGGACAAAUCCUUGUCCUAGGGAUUAGCUCUUUUGAAUUACCUUCAACGAAACAAUAUCCUUUCCUAAAUAAGUAGACCAAAAUUGUUAACUGUAUUACAGCUGUGACAUCACCAGGGCUCUGUACAACUAUAAGGCUACUUCCCUGUUUUCAAAUUCCAACUUCCUUGCAAUAAAGGCCAACAUGGCAUUUGUCUUCCCAAUUAUGUUCUGCACCUGUAUUCUAACUUUUUGUGUUCAUGUACAACAACAAUAAAUCCUUAGAUAGUCCACUCAUUGCAAACUCUCCUUUUCAGAGAAUGGUCUGUCUUUUGAUCCCUCUUAUCAAAGUGCAGACUUAACACUUUCCCAUAAGAAAUUCCAUUUUUCAAUUUUUUUUGCACGUUCCCUCAACCCAUUUACAUUCUGUUGCAGGAUGUCCUCAUCCCAGUCUUGACAGCUUAUUCAGCAAUCUUAGAUACUGUGCCUUACAUUUCACUCCUUCUAUCUCACAGAUGUAGAUAGUAAAUAAUUAGAAUGCAAAAAUAACCCUCAUGGAACGCCUACAUUUACAUCCUUUCACCAUGAAAACAUUGCAUUAUUCUAUCCCUCCAUUAUGUAAUCACCAGACCACUUUCACACACCUUUACCCCCACAAAUUCUUAUUCUAUGCGAAACUUUAUCAAAUAUCUUCCUGAAACCCAAAUACAUUUACAGGAUAAAUCACAAACGAAAGAAAAUCUACAGGUGCUGGAAAUCCGAGCAACACACACAAAAUAGACAAUAGGUGCAGAAGUAGACCAUUCAGCCCUUCGAGCCUGCACUGCCAUUUUGAGAUCAUGGCUGAUCAUCUACUAUCAAUACCCGGUUCCUGCCUUGUCCCCAUAUCCCUUGAUUCCCCUAUCCAUAAGAUACCUAUCUAGCUCCUUCUUGAAAGCAUCCAGAGAACUGGCCUCCACUGCCUUCCAAGGCAGUGCAUUCCAGACCCCACAACUCUCUGGGAGAAGAAGUUUUUCCUUAACUCUGUCCUAAAUGACCUACCCCUUAUUCUCAAACCAUGCCCUCUGGUACUGGACUCUCCCAGCAUCUGGAACAUAUUUCCUGCCUCUAUCAUGUCCAAUCCCUUAAUAAUCUUAUAUGUUGCAAUCAGAUCCCCUCUCAAUCUCCUUAAUUCCAGCGUGUACAAGUCCAGUCUCUCUAACCUCUCUGCGUAAGACGGUCCUGACAUCCCAGGAAUUAACCUCAUGAAUUUACGCUGCACUUCCUCUACAGCCAGGAUGUCCUUCCUUAACCCUGGAGACCAAAACUGUACACAAUACUCCAGGUGUGGUCUCACCAGGGCUUUGUACAACUGCAAGAGGAUUUCCUUGCUCUUGAAUCAAUUCCCUUUGUAAUAAAGGCCAACAUUCCGUUAGCCUUCUUCACUGCUUGUUGCACUUGCUCAUUCACCUUCAGUGACUGAUGAACAAGGACUCCUAGAUCUCUUUGUAUUUCUCCCUUACCUAACUCUACACCAUUCAGCUAAUAAUCUGCCUUCCUGUUCUUACUCCCAAAGUGGAUAACCUCACACUUAUUCACAUUAAACGUCAUCUGCCAAGUAUCUGCCCACUCACCCAGCCUAUCCAAGUCACCCUGAAUUCUCCUAACAUCCUCAUCACAUGACACACUGCCACCCAGCUUAGUAUCAUCAGCAAAUUUGCUGAUGUUAUUCUCAAUGCUGGAGGAACUCAGCAGGUCAGGCAGCAUCUAUGGUAAACAAUUGAUGUUUCCAGACCUUUCAGCAGAACGGUGGGGGAUGGGGGGUGGCAGGGGGGGAGAAAAAGCUGAGCAGUAGAUUUGAAAGGGCGGGGAGGGGAGGGGAGAGAGAACCACUGGGUGAUAGGUGUCCAGAAAGGACACUUGGCUGUGGCAAAAGUAUUUACAGGUUCAUCUCUGUAAUUCAUAAGUACUUUGUCAAGCACAAUUGUGCUUUAAUAAAACCACUAUGAAUUGACUUGCCUGCACUGAGCUUCUAUGUGACUUUUUUUUCCCCUUUUAUAAUGGAUUCCAGCAUCUCACCAAUAAAAGAAGUUAAGUUUGUUAUUGUAUGCUUAAUUUUGCACUGUUUUAAUGUUCCUCAUUGGGAUUUGGGGUUUUUAAUUUGUAAAAUGUUUUGAAAAACUAAUAAAAAAGAAAGAAAAGA